CCCAGAAAAGCGCUGGCUCGUCAUGGCGGCGUCCUAGCAAACAUUUAAGCGAUGCUAAUAUUUAUUACGGCUGCAGAUAAUUGUCCACCGGGGAGGGGAACAUGCAUAAUGAGAAGAGAAUAAGCAUGGAAGACACAUGGUCUGCAGCGGAGUUGAGAAGACAUCUAUCCAGGAGGAAGGACGAACACGAGAGGAAGCACCGUGGCGGGGACUCCACCGAGAGACGUCACCGAGACCCGGACUGGGAGUCCACAGACAGACAUGGGGACAGAAAAGAGGAUAGGGAAAGACGGAGGGAACGAGACAGGCAGGAGAGACAUGGACAGGACCCCAGAGAGGACAGAGACAAGAGGAAGGAUCAAAUGAGGCACGACAAGGACAGACUGAGGGAGGGGGACGAUGAAGAGGACAGACGGAGGAGGAGGGAAGACAAGGAGAGACGGCGGAAAGAACGAGACAGGGAACGCAGGACUGAGAGGGACAGAGGGACACAUGAGGAAAGAGAGCACAGAGACAAAGACUUGGAACGGAGGAGGGAAGACAAGGAAAGACGGCGGGAAGAACGAGAGAGGGAACGCAGGACUGACAGGGACACAGGGACACAUGAGGAAAGAGAGCACAGAGACAAAGACUUGGAACGGAGGAGGGAAGACAAGGAAAGACGGCGGGAAGAACGAGAGAGGGAACGCAGGACUGACAGGGACACAGGGACACAUGAGGAAAGAGAGCACAGAGACAAAGACUUGGAACGGAGGAGAGAAGACAAGGAAAGACGGCGAGAAGAACGAGACAGGGAACGCAGGACUGAAAGGGACAGAGGGACACAUGAGCAGAGAGAGCACAGGGACGGAGAAAAAGACUUGGAACGGAGGAGGGAAGACCGAGACAGACGAGUUAGACAAGAAGACAGGAAGCAUUCAAGAGCGGAAAGAGAGCAACACAGACAGCAUAAAGAAGACAGAGAGACGAGACACAAAGACAGAAGACAUCACGAUGAACGGCGGAGACGGGACACGGAGGAAGGAGCUGAAGCGGUCAGGCAUCGGCGUGGCGACGAGGACCAUGCAGAAAGGAAAAGACGUACAGAGAGGAGACAUGGAGAAGACCCGGAGAGACAUCCCAGAGAAGGACAUCAGGACAAACAAAGUCACAGCCAAGAGAGCAGAAGCGGGAAAAAAGCUGAGGAGUACGUGAUGCAUUCAGGGGACGCAGCAGCUAAAGAAGCAGGAGACGCAGAACAACCAGUUGCCAAUGAUGAAUCUUUGCAGCAGUAUGAGGAUGACUUUGAGGAUUAUGAGGAGGAUUUUGAGGAACUCGAUGAGAAUGAAAAGGAUGGAAAGGAAGAGGAAGAGGAGGUGAAAGCCAUCCAGAGGGCCAUGGGUGAAGAGAACCAAAGAGUCCGAGCAUCUCUUUCUACUCUUAGCAGAGAAGAAGAGGAAGAGAAGAUGCCUGAAGUAAAGGGAUCGGCCCAGAAGCCCAGUAGAAGCUCCCAACGUGGGAAGUUCAUGGACUUUGUCGCAGCGAGGCAGCGAGAAGUCAUCAAGAAAGUGUCCAGCAAACAAAAGAAGCGCAGUGCAGAGCUGCUUCGUCUCAUUGAUCUGGAUUUGUCCACCACAUUGUCCCUCUUGGACCUGCCUCCAGUCAGUGAAUAUGACAUGUACAUUAGGAACUUUGGAGCCGCCAACACAAAGCAGGCUUAUGUGCAGUGUAACGAGGAUAAUGUGGACCGGGAUGUCCAGACAGAGGAGAUAGACAUGAGUGACAAGUGGACACAGCAUCCUGCAGAGCACUGCGGCGCCUGUGGUGGUAGGAACAAGCGAAUGAUCCAGACGUCCUCUAAAGAUGGACACCUUGGAAGAUGGAAGCUUUGUCUUCAUUUUGCUUCUGACUUAACAGAUUCAUACGGGUCACAUGAUACACGAGACAUGAGCGGGAUGAACUUGGAUUCAAGACGCCUGGCCGCCUUCCUGCGCUCCGCCUCCCAGGUGAUGGUGGUCCUGCUGGAGGAGGAUCACGCCCAGAAGACUUCCUUCAAGGGGAGGAGCACGCAAACAGACACGCUGUCAUUCAGCGACGGAAGUGUGCAGCUCAACACGAAGCUGCCUUUUCUUGACGGACGCACCAUCAGCGUGCUGCAGUUCUCUCCCGUGCAGAGACACACGUUGCUGUCUGUCCACCAGCCUGCAUCUUCUCCUGGCGCUGUGGUGCAACUGGAUCACUGCAGCGUCAUCUGCAUCUGGAGGAUAUGGGAGCCCUCCAGACCUCAGAAGAUCCUGCUGGUGGAGUCUGAGGUGACGUGCUGCUGUUUCAGCCCGGGAAAGUCCACCUUGGUGUUUGCGGGCACGUCAAUCGGGUCAGUGGUGCUGUGGGACCUCCGGGAGCCUGACGGGGACCACGAGCGCCUGAAGGUCAGCGAGGACGAGUGGACCUUCAGACGACCUACGUUCUCCACCGACGCGCUGUCCGCAGCCCAUUUCUCAUCCGUGACGUCCGUGGAGGUUGUUCCCGCCAGUGUGCCGGGAAGGCCGGGGUCAGAGGUCCCCUUUCUGGCAUCCGAGGAAGAGUUGUUGGGAUUGUCCUUCCAGCUGGCUUCCCUGGAUGAGAGCGGCCUUUUGAAUCUUUGGGUGGUGCUGCAACUCCCACAAGCCAACGAGGCCGGCAGUCAGACGGAUCUAGGUUUGAGGCCAGGUGGCAAAGUGAAGCUUCUGCACAGCUCGUCGUGCGUGAUGAGUGAGGGGGUCUGGCCGUGGCUUGCGGACAAAAGUGUGCCGCUGCAGACGCUCGCUUUGAAAUUCCUCCCCACUGACUGCAGCCACUUCUUCAUUGGCACCAGCAUGGGUCUGGUCCGCCAUGGGACCACUCAGGGUUUGAAGGCCCCACCCAAGUUCUACAGCUCUAAGGAGUUUGGAGCGCGACUUGUUGAUGUCAGCGCCAUCCACUUUUCUCCUUUCAGGCCACGUUUGUUCUUGGUGGGCUGCGGGGACGGAAGCGUCCGGCUGCACCAGGUCAGCUGUGACAAGCCGGUGGCCGAGUGGACCGACAGCACGGCCGGUGAAGCGGUGGUCUCGCUGCAGUGGAGCCAGACCAGACCUGCCGUCUUCUGCGUGCUGGACGCCGCGUCCAACCUCCACGUGUGGGACCUGCUGAAGAAGGACUCGGGUCCUUUGGUCACAGAGCGCAUGGACAGGCUGACGGCCAUGGCUGCAUUUGGAGACCCCGGACAACAGAACGCGUAUUCUGGAAUAGCGACAUCCCAGCAGUCAGGCAAAAUAGAGAUGCACUAUUUCACGCACGACUUUAGCCUACCAAGUCAUGAAGAAGAGGAAACACUGGAGAUAAUCAGCCAAGCUCCAUGAACCUUUGCACACUGACAUGUUAUAUGUCACUCAUUUAUUUCAAUAGCACUUUUAUGACUGGACUAGUUCUGUUUUAUCACAUCAUUACCAUCAUUUCAAGAAUGGGACCAAAGAUCUCACUGUGUUUUAUUGCUGUAAAUAUUUCUACUUUUUCACUUGUACAAUAUUCAAAUAUAUGAAACAUACUUUUCAGUACAGUGUCACGUUUUAUUCAAUGAAAAUA